GAGGAGGAGGCGGCGGCUAGCGAGGAGCCAGCGCUGGGUCCUGCAGUAGGACUCCCAGGAGCCACCAUCAUGGUGAAGAGGAAGAGCUCCGAGGGCCAGGAGCAGGACAGCGGCCGCGGCAUCCCCCUGCCCAUCCAGACCUUCCUGUGGCGGCAAACCAGUGCAUUUUUGAGGCCUAAACUGGGAAAGCAGUAUGAAGCCUCAUGUGUGUCCUUUGAACGUGUGUUGGUAGAGAACAAGCUGCAUGGCCUUUCUCCAGCCCUCUCUGAAGCCAUCCAGAGCAUUUCCAGAUGGGAGCUGGUACAAGCUGCUUUGCCUCACGUCCUCCACUGCACUGCAACGCUGCUUUCAAACAGGAACAAGUUAGGCCACCAGGAUAAACUGGGUGUUGCUGAGACAAAGCUCCUUCACACCCUGCAUUGGAUGCUUCUAGAGGCUCCACAGGACUGCAACAGUGAGCGGUUUGGGGGCACAGACCGUGGCUCCAGCUGGGGUGGCAGCAGCAGUGCUUUCAUCCACCAGGUAGAAAACCAGGGUUCCCCAGGGCAGCCUUGCCAGGGCAGCUCCAACGAUGAAGACGAGAACAACCGAAGGAAGAUCUUCCAGAACUCCAUGGCCACCGUGGAGCUCUUUGUGUUUCUGUUUGCUCCUCUGGUACACAGGAUCAAGGAAUCGGACCUUACGUUCCGACUGGCCAGUGGGCUUGUUAUAUGGCAGCCCAUGUGGGAGCACAGACAGCCCGAAGUCUCUGGCUUCACAGCACUGGUGAAGCCCAUCAGGAACAUCAUUACAGCUAAGAGAAGCUCUCCUAUCAACAGCCAAAGUCAAACCUGUGAAUCACCAAAUCAAGAUGCAAGACAUCGAGAGGGACUCCAGGUGGUCUGUGAAACUUUCCAGUCAGAUCCCAUGUCACCCAAGGCCACGAUUUCAGGCUGCCACCGAGGAAACUCCUUCGAUGGAAGUCUGUCCUCCCAGACUUCCCAGGAAAGAGGCCCAUCACAUUCCAGAGCCUCUCUCAUGAUACCUCCAUGCCAAAGGUCCCGCUAUGCCACCUACUUUGACGUUGCUGUUCUUCGCUGCCUACUCCAACCCCAUUGGUCUGAGGAAGGCACUCAGUGGUCUCUGAUGUACUAUCUACAAAGGCUGCGGCACAUGUUGGAAGAGAAGCCUGAAAAGCCUCCAGAACCAGAUAUUCCUCUCCUGCCCAGACCCAGGAGCAGCUCGAUGGUGGCAGCAGCUCCCUCACUAGUGAACACCCACAAAACCCAAGAUCUCACCAUGAAGUGUAAUGAAGAGGAAAAAUCUCUUAGCCCUGAGGCCUUUUCUAAGGUUUCGUUGACCAAUUUACGUAGGUCUGCAGUCCCAGAUCUUUCUUCAGACCUUGGCAUGAACAUUUUUAAGAAGUUCAAGAGCCGCAAAGAAGACCGGGAGAGGAAAGGCUCCAUCCCAUUCCACCACACAGGGAAGAGGAGGCCUCGAAGAAUGGGAGUGCCAUUCCUACUUCACGAGGACCACCUGGAUGUGUCCCCCACCAGAAGCACAUUCUCCUUCGGAAGUUUCUCUGGGCUUGGAGAAGACAGGCGAGGCAUUGAAAAAGGAGGCUGGCAAACCACCAUUUUAGGGAAAUUUACCCGGCGGGGCAGUUCGGAUGCAGCCACAGAGAUGGAGAGCCUGAGUGCCAGGCACUCACACUCCCACCACACCCUGGUGAGUGACCUGCCAGAUCACUCCAACAGCCACGGAGAAAACACCGUCAAGGAAGUGCGAUCCCAGAUCUCCACAAUCACAGUUGCAACCUUCAACACUACCCUGGCAUCGUUCAACGUAGGCUAUGCAGACUUUUUCAGUGAGCAUAUGAGGAAGCUCUGCAACCAGGUGCCUAUCCCAGAGAUGCCACAUGAACCCCUCGCAUGUGCGAACCUGCCCCGAAGCCUCACAGACUCCUGCAUAAACUACAGCUACUUAGAGGACACAGAGCAUAUUGAUGGGACCAAUAACUUUGUCCACAAGAAUGGCAUGCUAGAUCUUUCGGUGGUUCUGAAGGCUGUUUAUCUUGUCCUGAAUCAUGAUAUCAGUUCUCGCAUCUGUGAUGUGGCACUAAACAUUGUUGAAUGCUUGCUUCAACUUGGUGUGGUGCCUUGUGUAGAAAAGAACAGAAAGAAGAGUGAAAACAAGGAAAAUGAGACUAUGGAAAAAAGAGCCAGUGAGGGGACCUUCCAGUUCAAGGGAAGCUCACCCUGUGGAUUCGGGGGCCCUUCGGUUAGUGGAGCUGGAGAUGGUGGAGGAGACGGAGGAGGAGGUGGAGAUGGAGGAGGUGGAGGAGGUGACGGAGGAGGAGGUGGAGGAGGCGGAGGUGGACCUUAUGAGAAGAAUGAUAAGAACCAAGAGAAGGAUGAAAGUACACCUGUAAGCAACCAUAGGCUUGCUCUUACCAUGCUCAUCAAAAUAGUGAAGUCUCUGGGAUGUGCCUAUGGUUGCGGAGAAGGACAUCGAGGGCUCUCUGGAGAUCGUCUGAGACACCAGGUAUUCCGAGAGAAUGCCCAGAGCUGCCUCACUAAGCUAUACAAGCUAGAUAAGAUGCAGUUCCGACAAACCAUGAGGGACUAUGUGAACAGAGACUCUCUCAAUAAUGUAGUGGACUUCUUGCAUGCUUUGCUGGGAUUUUGUAUGGAGCCGGUCACUGACAACAAGGCUGGGUUUGGAAAUAACUUCACCACGGUGGACAACAAAUCCACAGCCCAAAACGUGGAAGGCAUCAUCGUCAGCGCCAUGUUUAAAUCCCUUAUCACACGCUGCGCUUCAACCACGCAUGAAUUGCACAGCCCUGAGAAUCUGGGGCUGUAUUGUGACAUCCGUCAGCUGGUCCAAUUCAUCAAAGAGGCUCAUGGGAAUGUCUUCAGGAGAGUGGCCCUCAGUGCUUUGCUUGACAGUGCUGAGAAGUUGGCACCAGGGAAAAAGGUGGAGGAGAAUGAGUCAGAAUCUAAGACUCCAGGCAGUAAAAGGUCAGAGGCAGGAAGCAUUGUGGAUAAAGGCCAGGUGUCCUCUGCACCUGAGGAAUGUCGCAGCUUCAUGUCUGGUCGCCCCUCACAGACUCCAGAGCAUGAUGAACAAAUGCAAGGGGGCAACCUGGGGCGGAAGGAUUUCUGGCGCAAGAUGUUCAAAUCCCAGAGUGCAGCAAGUGACACCAGCAGCCAGUCUGAGCAGGAUACUUCAGAAUGCACCACUGCCCAUUCAGGAACCACCUCUGACCGUCGCACCCGCUCACGAUCCCGCAGAAUUUCCCUCCGGAAGAAACUUAAACUCCCCAUAGGUAAAAGAAACUGGCUGAAGCGGUCCUCCCUCUCGGGCUUAGCAGAUGGCGUGGAGGACCUUCUGGACAUCAGCUCUGUGGACCGCCUGUCUUUCAUCAGGCAAAGCUCCAAGGUCAAAUUUACCAGUGCAGUGAAGCUUUCUGAAGGUGGGCCAGGGAGUGGAAUGGAAAACGGAAGAGAUGAAGAGGAGAAUUUCUUCAAGCGUCUCGGUUGCCACAGUUUUGAUGACCAUCUGUCUUCCAACCAAGAUGGUGGAAAAAGCAAAAACGUGGUGAAUCUUGGAGCAAUCCGACAAGGCAUGAAGCGCUUUCAAUUUCUGUUAAACUGCUGUGAGCCAGGGACAAUUCCUGAUGCAUCCAUCCUGGCAGCUGCAUUGGAUCUUGAAGCUCCUGUGGUAGCCAGAGCAGCUCUGUUCCUGGAAUGUGCCCGGUUUGUUCACCGCUGUAACCGUGGCAACUGGCCAGAGUGGAUGAAAGGGCAUCACGUGAAUAUCACCAAGAAAGGCCUUUCAAGGGGCCGCUCCCCCAUUGUGGGCAACAAACGGAACCAGAAGCUGCAGUGGAAUGCUGCCAAGCUCUUCUACCAAUGGGGAGACGCGAUUGGAGUCCGAUUGAAUGAGCUGUGCCACGGGGAAAGUGAGAGCCCCGCCAACCUGCUGGGUCUCAUUUAUGAUGAGGAGACCAAGAGGAGACUGAGAAAGGAGGAUGAGGAAGAAGACUUUUUAGAUGACAGUACUGUGAACCCCUCUAAAUGUGGCUGCCCCUUUGCCUUGAAGAUGGCAGCGUGCCAACUUCUCCUGGAGAUCACUACCUUCCUGCGAGAAACCUUUUCUUGCCUGCCCAGACCACGCACGGAGCCUCUGGUGGACUUGGAGAGCUGCAGACUUCGUUUGGAUCCUGAGUUGGACCGGCACAGAUAUGAGAGGAAGAUCAGCUUUGCUGGGGUCCUGGAUGAAAAUGAAGACUCCAAAGAUUCCCUCCACAGUAGUUGCCACACCCUCAAAUCAGAUGCAGGGGCCGAGGAGAAGAAAGAAGGGAGUCCUUGGAGUGCAAGUGAGCCCAGCAUCGAGCCAGAGGGAAUGAGCACUGCUGGCACAGAGGAAAAUUACCACAGGAGCAUGUCAUGGCUGCAUGUCAUGAUCUUGCUGUGCAAUCAACAGAGCUUCAUCUGCACCCACAUUGACUACUGCCACCCUCACUGUUACCUGCACCACAGCCGCUCCUGUGCCCGGCUGGUCAGAGCCAUCAAGCUGCUCUACGGAGACACCGUGGACUCCCUCCGGGAGAGCAACAGCUGUAGUGGUGUGGCUCUCCGGGGCAAGAAACAGAAAGAGUGCUCAGAGAAGUCAUGCCUACGGACGCCCUCUCUGAAGAAGAGAGUUUCAGAGGCCAACCUGGAAGGGAAAAAGGACUCAGGAAUGCUGAAAUACAUCAGACUGCAGGUGAUGAGCCUGUCGCCUGCUCCUUUAUCACUGUUAAUCAAGGCAGCACCAAUUCUGACGGAAGAGAUGUAUGGAGACAUCCAGCCGGCUGCCUGGGAGCUCCUGCUCAGCAUGGAUGAGCACAUGGCAGGGGCGGCAGCUGCCAUGUUCCUGCUGUGUGCGGUGAAAGUCCCUGAGGCUGUGUCUGACAUGUUGAUGUCCGAGUUCCACCACCCAGAGACAGUACAGAGGCUGAACGCCGUUCUCAAGUUCCACACACUCUGGAGGUUUCGCUACCAGGUCUGGCCCCGGAUGGAGGAAGGAGCACAGCAGAUUUUUAAGAUCCCGCCUCCCAGUAUAAACUUCACCCUGCCCUCACCAGUGCUUGGAAUGCCAUCUGUCCCAAUGUUUGACCCCCCUUGGGUCCCUCAGUGCAGCGGGAGUGUCCAGGACCCCAUUAAUGAAGACCAGUCUAAAUCCUUUUCAGCCCGGGCUGUGUCCCGCUCCCAUCAGAGAGCGGAACACAUCUUAAAGAACUUGCAACAGGAGGAAGAGAAGAAACGUCUUGGUAGAGAAGCCAGCCUCAUCACCGCCAUCCCCAUCACCCAAGAGGCUUGCUACGAGCCCACCUGCACACCCAACUCAGAGCCAGAAGAAGAAGUAGAAGAAGUCACCAAUCUGGCAUCCCGUCGACUGUCUGUGAGUCCGUCCUGUACCUCCAGCACUUCCCACAGGAAUUAUUCCUUCCGCCGAGGGUCAGUCUGGUCUGUGCGUUCAGCUGUUAGUGCUGAAGAUGAGGAACACACCACCGAACACACACCAAACCACCACGUGCCUCAGCCUCCACAAGCAGUGUUCCCAGCAUGCAUCUGUGCAGCAGUGCUCCCCAUCGUUCAUCUAAUGGAGGAUGGUGAGGUGCGGGAAGAUGGAGUAGCAGUGAGUGCUGUGGCCCAGCAAGUCUUAUGGAAUUGUUUGAUUGAAGAUCCAUCAACAGUUCUUCGACAUUUUCUGGAAAAACUGACCAUCAGCAAUAGACAAGAUGAGUUAAUGUACAUGCUGCGCAAACUUCUCUUAAAUAUUGGAGACUUUCCUGCUCAGACGUCUCACAUCCUCUUCAACUACUUGGUGGGAUUAAUCAUGUACUUCGUGCGGACCCCCUGUGAGUGGGGGAUGGAUGCCAUUUCGGCCACCCUGACUUUCCUGUGGGAGGUGGUGGGUUAUGUAGAGGGACUGUUCUUCAAGGAUCUCAAGCAGACCAUGAAGAAGGAGCAGUGUGAGGUAAAGCUGCUGGUGACCGCUUCCAUGCCAGGUACCAAAACCUUGGUAGUUCACGGGCAGAAUGAGUGUGAUAUCCCAACCCAGUUACCAGUCCAUGAAGACACUCAGUUCGAAGCCUUGCUCAAGGAGUGUCUGGAGUUUUUUAAUAUCCCAGAAUCUCAGUCAACACAUUAUUUUCUCAUGGACAAACGAUGGAAUCUUAUCCACUACAAUAAGACGUAUGUUCGGGAUAUUUAUCCUUUCCGGAGAUCAGUAUCUCCACAGCUGAACCUUGUACAUAUGCAUCCAGAGAAAGGACAGGAGCUCAUUCAGAAACAGGUGUUCACUCGGAAGCUGGAGGAAGUCGGGCGGGUUUUGUUUCUCAUCUCCCUGACGCAGAAGAUCCCCACAGCCCACAAACAGUCCCAUGUCUCCAUGCUCCAGGAAGACCUCCUCCGACUACCCUCAUUCCCCCGAAGUGCUAUUGACGCUGAAUUUUCACUCUUCAGUGAUCCACAAGCCGGCAAGGAGCUGUUUGGCCUCGACACUCUUCAGAAAAGCUUGUGGAUCCAGCUCCUGGAGGAGAUGUUCCUGGGCAUGCCGAGCGAGUUUCCCUGGGGAGAUGAAAUCAUGCUCUUCCUCAACGUCUUUAACGGGGCUCUGAUCCUCCACCCAGAAGACAGCGCCCUGCUCAGGCAGUAUGCUGCCACCGUCAUCAACAGUGCUGUGCACUUCAACCACCUUUUCUCUCUCAGUGGCUACCAGUGGAUUCUGCCCACCAUGCUGCAGGUGUACUCUGAUUAUGAAAGCAAUCCCCAGUUGCGUCAAGCCAUCGAAUUUGCCUGCCAGCAGUUCUACAUUCUACACCGGAAGCCAUUUGUGCUCCAGCUGUUUGCUAGUGUGGCCCCUCUCCUGGAGUUUCCUGAUGCUGCCAAUAACGGGCCCAGCAAAGGUGUGUCAGCUCAGUGCUUGUUUGACCUGCUGCAGUCCCUGGAGGGGGAGACCACUGACAUAUUAGACAUCUUAGAACUGGUCAAAGCUGAGAAGCCUCUUAAGUCAUUAGAUUUCUGCUAUGGCAAUGAAGACCUGACAUUCUCUAUAAGUGAGGCCAUUAAGCUCUGUGUGACUGUAGUAGCCUAUGCUCCCGAAUCAUUCAGAAGUCUUCAGAUGCUGAUGGUCUUGGAAGCUCUAGUCCCCUGUUACCUACAAAAGCUAAAGAGGCAGACGUCCCAAGUGGAGACGGUGCCUGCAGCCCGAGAGGAGAUCGCUGCCACAGCUGCUCUUGCAACAUCCCUGCAGGCCCUUCUGUACAGUGUAGAGGUCCUCACCAGGCCCAUGACAGCCCCGCAGAUGAGCAGGUGUGACCAAGGUCACAAGGGAACCACCACAGCCAAUCACACGAUGUCGUCCGGGGUGAACACCAGGUACCAGGAACAAGGCGCCAAACUACACUUUAUCAGGGAAAAUCUUCACUUACUGGAGGAAGGGCAAGGCCUUCCCAGAGAGGAACUGGAUGAACGAAUUGCUCGGGAGGAGUUCAGAAGACCUCGGGAGUCCCUGCUGAAUAUUUGUACCGAAUUUUACAAGCACUGUGGGCCAAGGCUGAAGAUCUUGCAAAACCUGGCUGGGGAGCCGCGGGUUACUGCCCUGGAGUUGCUGGAUGUGAAGUCACACAUGAGGUUGGCAGAAAUUGCACACUCCCUUCUGAAGUUGGCACCAUACGACACCCAGACGAUGGAAAGCCGUGGGCUUCGGCGCUACAUCAUGGAGAUGCUACCCAUUACCGACUGGACAGCCGAGGCAGUGAGGCCAGCCCUUAUCCUCAUUUUAAAGAGACUGGAUAGAAUGUUCAACAAAAUUCAUAAGAUGCCUACUUUGAGGCGACAGGUUGAGUGGGAGCCUGCCAGCAAUUUGAUUGAAGGGGUUUGUUUGACACUUCAGAGGCAGCCAAUCAUAUCCUUCCUGCCUCACCUUAGGUCACUGAUCAAUGUCUGUGUCAAUCUGGUGAUGGGAGUGGUAGGACCUUCCAGUGUUGCUGAUGGAUUACCCCUUCUUCAUCUCAGCCCUUAUCUCUCACCACCUCUGCCCUUCAGCACAGCUGUUGUCCGGCUUGUAGCAUUGCAGAUACAGGCUUUAAAAGAAGAUUUUCCCUUAAGCCAUGUGAUCUCCCCAUUCACCAAUCAAGAGCGAAGGGAGGGGAUGCUUUUAAAUCUACUCAUCCCAUUUGUGCUCACAGUAGGAUCUGGAAGCAAAGACAGCCCAUGGCUCGAACAGCCCGAGGUGCAGUUGCUCCUGCAGACGGUCAUUAACGUGCUCCUGCCACCGCGGAUCAUCAGCACGUCCAGGAGCAAGAACUUCAUGUUGGAGAGCUCCCCCGCCCACUGCUCCACCCCCGGGGAUGCGGGCAAAGACUUGCGCAGGGAGGGCCUGGCCGAGUCCACCAGCCAAGCAGCAUACUUGGCGCUGAAGGUGAUUCUCGUCUGCUUUGAGAGGCAGCUGGGAAGCCAGUGGUACUGGCUGAGCCUCCAGGUGAAGGAGAUGGCUCUGCGCAAGGUGGGAGGCCUGGCCCUGUGGGACUUCCUCGACUUCAUCGUGCGGACCCGAAUCCCCAUCUUCGUGCUCUUGCGCCCGUUCAUCCAGUGCAAGCUUCUGGCCCAGCCAGCAGAAAAUCAUGAAGAGCUCUCUGCCCGGCAACACAUCGCAGACCAGCUGGAGCGACGCUUUAUCCCACGCCCUCUGUGCAAGAGCUCCCUCAUUGCUGAGUUCAACAGUGAACUAAAAAUUCUAAAAGAGGCAGUUCAUAGUGGCUCAGCCUACCAAGGGAAGACGUCCAUCAGUACUGUGGGCACCUCUACCUCCGCUUACCGCCUGAGCCUGGCCACCAUGUCCCGCUCCAACACGGGCACGGGCACUGUCUGGGAGCAGGACAGUGAGCCCUCCCAGCAGGCUUCGCAGGACACCCUGAGUAGGACUGAUGAGGAAGAUGAGGAAAAUGACUCUGUAAGCAUGCCCAGUGUGGUAAGUGAACAAGAAGCUUACCUUCUGAGCACCAUUGGAAGGAGGCGGUUCUCCAGCCACGUCUCUAGCAUGUCUGCACCUCAGGCUGAGGUGGGCAUGUUACCCAGCCAAAGUGAACCUAAUGUCCUCGAUGACUCCCAGGGCCUGGCCGCCGAGGGCAGCCUCUCUAGGGUGCCAAGUGUCCAGAGUGAACCUGGCCAACAGAACCUCCUCAUUCAGCAGCCACUGGGGAGGAAGAGGGGCCUGAGGCAGCUAAGACGUCCUCUACUGUCACGUCAGAAGACGCAGACUGAACCCAAAAACCGCCACGGGGCUCGGCUGUCAACCACUCGCAGGAGUAUUCAACCUAAAACGAAGCCAUCUGCAGAUCAGAAACGUUCUGUGACCUUCAUCGAGGCUCAGCCGGAGCCAGCCGCCGCCCCACCAGAAACACUUCCCGCCACAGGCCAGCCCCAAGGCUGCAGUCCAGCCCCAUCUAAGAAGCCGGAAGGAAUGGGCAAACCAGUCCUCACGUCUUCCCCUGCCACUGUAGUUGCUGAUCUUCACAGCCUGUCUCCCAGGCAGAGUGAGCCCCUCCCCGCUGAAGAAGGAGAAAAGAGGGAGGACGCAGAAGUGCAAGGUGCUCCAGCACAUGGUCCCCUCUCUACGCAGCUCUCAGACCCUGAAGAAUUCACAGGCCUUGAGACAUCCAUCCUCCUACAGCACGGAGACACUGUCCUUCACAUCAGUGAGGAACACGGCAUGGAGAACCCCCUGCUGUCCAGCCAGUUCACUCUGAUGCCCACCGAGCUGGGGGAGACUGACGGAGACCUAGAUGAGUCUCAUGUUUAAUUCCGUAUUUUGUUAAGAGUGGCAGGUGUAGACAAGAUGUGGGAGGGAUCGCUUUCCUAAAAGGUGAAUACUUUUGCUUGGAAAAGAUGAAAACACAGCACUUUACAUCCAACGGGUGACACAAAUCUCAGUAGAUUUUGCUGCUAAUGCGCACGUUGUUUCAUAAACAUCUUUAAAAAAAUCAAUGGCUAAGAUAAUUUGGUUGUGUGAAGACCAUAAAAACCAGGGAAGACUAAGAGGAAAGAGCCAUUUCACUGCACAUUAUUUAUGAUUCAAGAAGCCUCGAGCAGUUAAAAAUAUAUACUAUUAUGGAGCUGCUUACCUAGGAAUAUUAACAAAUAAUAUGUACUAAAAAGAGAAUGCAAUUUUUGAGAUUACUCACGUUAUACAUCUCAUGCAAAUGUUUAUUUUUAUAGUUUCAAAAAUAUUAAAUCAGGUGGCUAUAUGAGUAGCAAUUUACAGAAAAAUAAUCAAUAAGGAAAAUAUUAGUUUGAGGAGACUAAUAAAUAAGCCUGCAGCCAUUUUUGCUUUGAUCGACAAUACAGCCAUUUACAAGAAAAAGAAAAAAGUACUAUUUUUAAAGAUGUGGAUUUUUCAAUACUUAUUUUUCAACCGUCAUUUACCUUGCAUGUUGUAAAUCAAAAUGCUAAAGCCCUAAGAUCAUUCCAUUUCACAACCACAUUAGAGAGAAAAUAUUCUAAAAAUUAUCAGAUGUAAUUUUGAAUUAAGAACCUAAACAGCCUAUACUAUGAUACAAGCUAAAUGUAAAUAUAAUAGCUUGAAAGAGAUCGUAUUCCUACUUCUAGCCAUGACCACGUCAAUGCCAAGAUUAAGAGAUAUUGGAAGAUGUGAUUACAGUAUCCUGUGCCUGCCCUUGAGGGCAUAUUUUCAGAUAUUAAGGUUAUUGUUAGAAUUGGUUCAAUAAAAUAACUUUUUCUCAACGUUAACAAUUUUCCUAUGAUCCUUUAGACAUCUACAUUUAUGAGGGAAAAUUAUAAAGUGAGCAAUCUCUUCACAGACACAGUCAGCUUGUGUAUUUCACUUUAACUUGAAGUUCACUUACUUCAAGAAAAGCAUAAAACUUAGAAGGCUCAUGAGGCCGUAUCUAGUGCGUUACUGAUCCUGUAACAGGGCUUGGCAUCAUAUAGUUCAAAACUGAAUUUCAAAAUUUUAACAGUUUACAUUAGAAAACUGUUACAUAACUACUAAACAUAUAAAAACUC